ACCGAUACGAUUGCCACUGACAAAGUUGUAAAAGAAAAUACAAAUUUCGCUAAUACAAAAGUAGACAGAAAUAAAAUUCUUGAUGAAGACUACUCCGCAUCAGAGAUUAGUUAUGGUUGGCGAUCGCGACGGAUUGAAAGAAUUAUUACGUCGUCGAUUAGUCGAAUGUGGUUGGAGAGAUCAAGUGAAAUUAAUCUGCAAGGAGUUAAUAAAAGAACACGGCCAUGACAUUACCUAUGACAAAUUGCUUUCUAUCGUUACGACCAGAGCAAGGACACUUGUACCUGAUUCUGUUAAAAAGGAGCUUCUGCAGAAGAUAAAGAAUCAACUGAUAGCUCAAGAAGAAAAAUUAAAGAUGUAAUAAAUAAAAAGUUUUUAUUUACAAACUUUCAUUUUGUAAAAAGAAUAUCUUAUAUUAAGAACUAUGUAUGU